AUGGCGACGAGUGCGACGGCGCCUGCGGGCGAGUACGGCAGCUCGAUGCGCAAGUUCAAGCUGGUGUUUUUGGGCGAGCAGUCGGUUGGAAAGACGUCGCUGAUCACCCGUUUCAUGUACGACACGUUCGACGGCAACUAUCAGGCGACGAUCGGCAUCGACUUUUUGUCCAAGACGAUGUAUCUCGACGACCGCACCGUGCGUCUGCAGCUGUGGGACACGGCCGGCCAGGAGCGUUUCCGCUCGCUGAUUCCGUCGUACAUCCGCGACUCGUCAGUCGCGAUCGUCGUGUACGACGUCACGAACCGCGACUCGUUCAAGUCCACCUCCAAAUGGGUCGAGGAUGUGCGCGCCGAGCGUGGCAACGAGGUGAUUAUUGCGCUGGUUGGCAACAAGACCGACUUGAGCGACAAGCGUGAGGUAUCUACGGAAGAGGGCGAGCAGCGCGCCAAGGAAUACAACAAUGUCAUGUUCAUCGAGACAUCCGCCAAGGCUGGGCACAAUGUAAAGAGUCUGUUUAAGAAAAUUGCCCAGGCCCUCCCGGGAAUGGACGAACAGGCCGCAGACAGCGUCGCCGCACACCAGACCAUCGACGUGUCGGCACAGGCGGAUGAGGCCAAAUCGUCUACGUGCUCGUGCUAA